UAUUGUAACAAUUUAGUAACGGUGUUAUAAGUGUCAAACUGUCCAAGGGAAACGUCAAACGGAUGAAUAUUGGAAUUUCGAGUCGGUGAUAGGUGUACGUUUUGAACAAAAUACUGCCGUUCGGAUUGGAACUAGUGACGAAGAGUGGUUAACUUCCAAAAGAUUGAAAUAUUCAUCGCAUAACAAUAUGAUCUCUUCGUCCCGAAAAAAUCCCCAAAGAAAAGUCGCCGGGAAAAAACUCGGAGAUAAAGAUAUCAUCAACGGGACUAAUGUUAAACACGAAUUUGAUGAAAUGGAAAAUCAUUGCUACGAAUCAUUGAUACAAGUUGAAGAAACGACAUCUGUAGACAUGCGAGCAACGAACAACUUGGCAGACGAAAAAUGCGAAUUGUGUUUAGAAUCGUUUACAUCCGGAAAGCAAUUGAAACAUCAUAUUACAACAUCACAUCAUGAUAUUUUUAAGAUCAAUGAAAUUCAAAUUAAAGACGAAGUCGAUACUGGUUUCGAAGAUAACGAUAUGAUCAACGAAACUAACAUUGAACAAGAGAAUGAUAAAAUGGAAAAACAUUGCUAUAAAUCUUUGAUAAAAAUCCAAGAAACUAAGGCUUUGGGCAUGCUAGCAACACACAGCUUGGUGGAGGAAAUAUGUGACUUGUGUCUGCAGUCAUUUACAUCUCAAAAGCAAUUGAAACAUCAUAUAACAAAAUCGCACAGUGGCAUUCCUAUGAUUGAUGAAUGUGCAGUUACAACAGAUGUCGAAAACGAAUUCAAUGACCAUCGUACGAGAAAUGAAGUGAACAAAAAAACUGACGGUUGUUAUUUCGAAUCGAGGAUUGAAACAGAUAACAAUAAAAAAUCAGCAACAAAGUAUAACAAUGAAGAUAUACCCAAACGACGGUUUUUCCAAUGUCAUUUAUGUCAAAAAAUAUUUGACACCAAAAAACAAAUAACUUUACAUAUAUUAAAAUCCCACCAAAGUUUAACGGAUUUUACUCGUAGAGAUAACGAUAUGAUCAACGAAACUAACAUUGAACAAGAGAAUGAUAAAAUGGAAAAACAUUGCUAUAAAUCUUUGAUAAAAAUCCAAGAAACUAAGGCUUUGGGCAUGCUAGCAACACACAGCUUGGUGGAGGAAAUAUGUGACUUGUGUCUGCAGUCAUUUACAUCUCAAAAGCAAUUGAAACAUCAUAUAACAAAAUCGCACAGUGGCAUUCCUAUGAUUGAUGAACGUGCAGUUACAACAGAUGUCGAAAACGAAUUCAAUGACCAUCGUACGAGAAAUGAAGUGAACAAAAAAACUGACGGUUGUUAUUUCGAAUCGAGGAUUGAAACAGAUAACAAUAAAAAAUCAGCAACAAAGUAUAACAAUGAAGAUAUACCCAAACGACGGUUUUUCCAAUGUCAUUUAUGUCAAAAAAUAUUUGACACCAAAAAACAAAUAACUUUACAUAUAUUAAAAUCCCACCAAAGUUUAACGGAUUUUACUAACACAUACUCGAACAUCAGCCGAGCCUAUAAAUGUGACGUCUGCCUUAAGCCUUUUUCUACAAGUUCUAACCUCACAAUACACAAACGCGUGCACACUGGGGAAAAACCUUACAAAUGUAAUUUGUGCUCCAAGUUAUUUACUCAAAAAUCUAACCUCACACUACACAAACGAGUGCACACUGGGGAAAAGCUUUUCAAAUGUAAUUUGUGCUCUAAGUUAUUUACUCAUAAUUUCAGCCUCACACGUCACAAACUAGUGCACUCUGGGGAAAAGCCUUUCAAAUGUAAUUUGUGCUCCAAGUUAUUUACUCAAAAAUCCAACCUCGCACUACACAAACGAUUGCACUCUGGGGAAAAGUCCUUUAAAUGUAACGUGUGCUCAAUGACUUUUUCUCAAUUACCCAACCUUACACGUCACAAACGAGUGCACUCCGGGGAAAAGCCCUUUAAAUGUAACGUGUGCUCAAAAACUUUUUCUCAUACUCCCAGCCUCACAAUACACAAACGAGUGCACUCCGGGGAAAAGCCCUUUAAAUGUAAUGUGUGCUCAAAAACUUUUUCUGAUAAAUCCAACCUCAUACGACACCACAAACGCGUGCACACUGGGAAAAAGAAUUUAAAAUUUAUCUAGUGCUCUAAACCAUUUACUCAAAAACCUCACCUCACAAAACACAAAUAACGUGCACCA